AUUUACGUUGGUUGCCAGCCGCCGUUAAAAACGAAGAAGAAGAAGAAGAAGAAGAAAUAUAUGUGUAUUUUUAGUCUGUAAUGUGUUGCAACUUGUGAGAGAUGUUCCCGAUUUACAGAGUUUGACAUGAACCACCCUGAUAGAAGAGUAUCAGACAAUGAUCAGUGAAGCCCCUCCCACAACAAUUCACCUAUAAAUACUGGAGAAUAUUCACAUCAUCCUACAAGAGAAGAACAAGCUCCAAGGUGCAGCAGCUGAAAUCUGUGACUUUUAAAGACAGAGUUUGUUAAAGAGGAGAUUGAAGACAUGAGUGAUACAGAACCAUCCAGAAUAAAACAUGAAGAUACUGAGGAACAAACAGACUGGAUGGAGAUGAAAGAGCAAAGACAAGAACUGAACGAAGAGGAGGAGAAACGUGACUUCAACACUCAAAAAACACAAACCAAACCGCUGCACACCUGCUCACAGUGCGAAAAGAGUUUCAAGUGCAAAGGAUACCUUAAAAAGCACAUGAUAGUCCACACUGGAGAGAAAUCGUACACAUGUGCUCAGUGUGGAAAGAGUUAUUCGCGACUGGACACUUAUAAACGGCAUCAGAAAAAACACAAUGGAGAGAAACGGUACAACCUCCGUGUAAAACGUAAAAAAAAGACUUUCACAAAUACAGGUAGUCUCAAAAAUCAUCUGCACGUUCAUGCUAGAAAAAAGUCGUAUAACUGUGAUCAGUGUGGUAAAGAUUUAAAUUCAUUGUCGGGUCUCAGUCGACACAUGAAGUUGCAUAGAAAUGAGAGGCCUUAUUGCUGCUCUUACUGUGGAAAGAGUUUUACACAGCUGAGCAAUUGUAAACAGCACCAGAAAAUACACACCGGCAAGAGAGAUCAUGUGUGUCGUGAGUGUGGAAAGAGCUUUAUUACAGCUGGUGAUUUAAAAAGGCACUUAAAAAUUCAUACUGGAGAAAAACCUCACAAGUGCUCAUAUUGUGACAAGAGUUUCAUUCGGCCUGAACACUUGAGAAUACACGAGCGAGUUCAUAGUGGAGAGAAGCCGUAUUACUGUACUCAGUGUGGAGAGAGUUUCCAACGUUUCCGUGGUCUGGUGAUUCAUAUGGAAAAACAUUGUUCUGCGUCACAGUGAGCAAAUGUUAUCUACAGAUUGAAUGCUUUUAAAAAACAAUUUAAAAAAUAUGAGAUUCAGAUAAAGCAAACAUGAAGAGUGUCAUUACAUUUUAUUUUUUAAUGGAUGGAUAUGUAUGUUUUUUCCUUUGAAUGUAUGGGUUCUGUAUA